AUGGAUAAAAAGGAUUGUGACUCAAAGUUUUCCUUGUUAUCGUUGUUUAAUUUAUUUAAAUUAGGUCUUUUUGAUACCAUUUACGCUAAAGGUCCAGCUAGUGAAAUACACUCUCCUCGAAAAGAACAUUGGCAGAAUUGUGGAUCACCACGAAAAUCUUCCUCAAAAGAUUCAUCUGCAUGUUCCACGGUUGGAGUCCAAAAAGAUCCUUGUGCCGAUAAAUCUGCCGGUGGUGAUGCACCCUUCAACAAAGUAUGCAAAUGUAAGGGACCUGAUGGCAAGAAUACAGCUGGUGACCGAGGCAAAACUGGAGCAGGAGUAACGGGUUCCAGGGCGGGACGGACUUGUGAGAAGGAAUCUGACAAUCUACCGGCGGGUGCAAUCAAUCCAGGGCUUCUGCGGCAUAUUCAUAACGCAGCUCGAUAUAGAUUACCGCAAUGUUUCGAAGGAGGCUGUGUAUCUUUAAAACAUAGUUCGAAAUCCAACUGGGUGUUUGGUCAUUCUCUUUCAUUCAGUUCAGUGUCGCCAGGAGGUUAUAAGGUGCUGUUGUCAUACGUAGAUAAGGAAAAACCAACUUCGUUGCCUUACUUUGUAAUGGAAGCAGCGCCCGGUGGCCAAAUGAGCUGUGAGAUGCGGGUAGGCCCCACUCUAGGCACGAGGGCGACAGUGGUUGCGCAGAUAGCUGACGGAGAAUUCUAUAGUUUCGAGAGCAUCAUGGAUGCCUACUGUAACAGGUUUACUGCAUCUAUAAUCGCUGUGAACAGAGAGUUUAUUGCACUCCAUUAUCUUCAGGCAGUGACUGAUCAGCUGUCGCUGGGUGCGGAGGUCGUGGCUCGCGGACAGUCCGCGGAGCUGAGCUCGGCGUCGGGCGCCGGCCGCUGGGUCACCGAGAAUCACUCCAUCAGUGCAACACUCGGCAACAGAGGCUUAGAUCUUUGUUACGCAAGAGAUAUCAAACCCUUCCUCACAGUUGCUGCAAUGCUUGAGGUGGGAUUCGCAAUCCGACGUGCGGUAGCAACACUAGCCUAUGAGUGGCAUACAGAAGAGUGGACGGUGCGAGGCUCGGCAGACUCCGACGGACUAGUGGGAGCCACGCUGCAGAGGUCACUCGGAGGGAAGAGGGCACAACUUGCUUGCGCCAUAUCAGCACUCCUCAACCAUCCUAACGAUAAGUUCAGGCUCGGGUUCGGGAUCACUGCCGCGAUUAUUUAG